UGCAAAAGGGGUUUUUAGGGUUUGAGUCAGAGAAAAGGUCAAAAACCAGAAUCAAGAAAAAGCCUGAAAAUGCCUCCAUUGCCGCCGGAACUAGUCACCGAGAUUCUCCUCUGCCUCCCGGUGACGUAUCUCCUGCGAUUCAGGUGCCUUUCUAAGUCACAUUGCGCCGAAAUUGACAGCCCAGAUUUCGCCAAGGAUCAUCUCAACAGGUCAAUCCAGAGCAAAACCGGCCAAAAGCUAAUCAUCCACAACGUAGGUUUCAUGGAUCAGACCGAUUUCUAUUAUGCUGAGCUUGAUGACAACCUCGAAGAUGCCUACCUACUCAACAACCCGUUGAAAUCUUCGCGUCGCUGCACCUCGGUAUGUGGUUCUUGCAAUGGUUUGUUUCUGCUGGGUAUUUUUGUGAAGGACCAAAACAUGGAUUUUGCCCUGUGGAAUCCAUUCACUAAGAAGUAUAAGAAAUUACCCCCUUGUCCGGUCCAAACUAAUCCUGGGUUCAAAAGAUUCAUGUGUUUUGGUUUAGGAUAUGUGUCUGCCACCAAUGACUAUAAGAUUGUGAUGAUUUCAAAGGUUCGGAAGUCAAAUGAUGAUGAUGAUGUUUGUUUUCAAGUCUGGGUUUUUAGUCUGAAUUCUAAUUCUUGGAGGAGGAUUCAAGAUGUGGAGGACGAAUUGACCUCCCGGGUCGGGUUAUAUGCAAAUGGUGCUCUGUACUGGGAAACUGAAUAUAAGUGUGUUGGUUUUGAUAUCACAAAUGAGGUGUUCUUUGACCUCCCACUAUUGUCUGAUUUUGGCCCAACUUCCAUCUACCAUGAUUCCAUGGUAGUUUUUGGAGCUAACCUCUGUAGUCCUGUAAUACGCAAUGAUCCUAAUGGUAUAGAAUAUUACUUGCGUGUGAGUGAUAAUGGUGGAGAAGUUGCAGGUGGUAGUUGGAGGAAAGAAUUCACUUUGGAGGGAGAGAGGAAUAUUCUGUUCGAUUGGCCUUUGCCUUUGGCAUACUCAAAAAAGGGGGAUAGCAUUCUGGUUAAUAAAGGAAAUGUGAUUUAUUGGUAUAACUUUGAAAACCAAAAAAGAACACGGGUGGAGAUUCUUGGGUUCCCUCAUGUUCCAACCUACAAUUUCCAUGUUUGCUCGGAAAGUCUUGCUUCUCCUGGGAAUGAUAGUGCAUUUGAUGGCAGAGCAGAGGAAGUGAUAAUAGAGGAUUCAAAGGAUGAUUCAGAGGCUGAUUCAGACUAACAGAGCAAUGUAAGACAUCAAAGACUAACAGAGCAAUGUAAAGGAGACUUCUUUUGGGAGGUUUUAGUUUGCACAUACUAAUAGCUGUUGCCGAAAUGGGUAUGUUUUUGGUUAGCAAGGAUGGAUGAUGGUAUUUCAAUGAAAUUUCGUUUCAAUCCAACUUUUGUUUAGCCCUUCUUGUAAAUCCUAGUUAGUACCUUUUGUUGGAUUUUGAAUGGCUUGAAGUGGGGCUUGGGAUGUUCCCUUUAAAUUCUAGGUUUCCAAGAAUUUCAAGUGUUUGUACUAACUCUCGUUUAUGAGUUAGAUUAAACUUCCAGCUUCAUGUCCAGAAUGGUAUUUUGCACUUUGUUAUGUGUUUAUGCUUGGUACACUGCUGCAGGUUGGGCAAGGCAUGUUAUCAAUCAAAGACUUUGUUUUGCUUUUGUAAAAGCCUUAUAUAUCAAAAGCUGACAUUUUUCCUAGUCAUUCUUGGUUACGGUCUCAACUUUACUC